UGCUGCGCGUCGUAUAAGAAUUGUAAAACGACAUUGAAACCAAAGCCAGAGACUCAGAGAGAGAGAGAGAGAGAGAGAGAGAGAGCGAAGCAGAGGAUCGAAAGCAAAACAACAAUCUGAGAGAGAGAGAGAGAGAGAGAGGGAGAGGGUCGGCCAUGGAAGUGGAGGGAUCGUCGAAGAAGAUGAUAGCGACGCAGGAAGAGAUGGUGGAAUCGAGAGUGCCGCUGGCAUACAGAGACCAAUGCGCUCACUUGCUGAUCCCUUUGAACAAGUGCCGCCAAUCGGAGUUUUACCUGCCGUGGAAGUGCGAGAACGAGCGCCACGUCUACGAGAAGUGCCAGUACGAGCUCGUCAUGGAGAGGAUGCUCAAGAUGCAGAAGAUUCGCGAAGAAGAGGCCAAGUUGAAGCAGGCUAAGAAGCAUGGCAUUCCCGUCAUCCCCAACACUGCUAAUGCUUAGCCUACGAUAAAUGGUCACUUAGUAGCUGUUCAUGUGGCAAGGCUAUGGUACUUUAUGAAAGGCUUGUUGGUCAUAUGGUUGUACUCCAUGAGUGGCAAUUGGUGUCAAAAACCGAGGGACAACCUAGAAUCUGGGUCAGACUUGUAACUUGUCAGUUGCUUUUACAAACAGUGCUCUUCAGCAGCUGUUGGCAGAUGGUGAUCUAUGGGAAAUGUCCUUCUCUUUCUUUCUCAGCCAUACUUUUUUUUUUGAGGAUUUGGGAAUUCAGGAGUAAUCUUUUGGAGUAAUUAUUUUGAUUGAAUUCCUAAUGAAUCAAUUAAAUGGUUUCUGAUUUAUGCUGUAGAUAUAGACUAAUGUAGCGCACCUAAAUUAUGUAUUUAUGUAGCAUGCAGAGGAAGGAUAAGGAUAAAUUUAGAUUUAUGGAAUGACAUAGGUAGAAGAAGCUACUGUCUGUUUUAGUGACUCGUUAGUCUUGAGGUUUGUUUUCAUAAUACCAAUUAUUGAGGCUUACAGAAUGAAUAGUUAUGUAAUAAUUUUCA